GCCGCCAUCGCGGCGUCGCCCCCCCAGCUGUGUGCGGCCGCUGGACAUGCUGGGUUGGAGCCGAGCUGCCGCCUCGGUGCUGCUGCUGCCACGUCGGGUCUGGUGGCGGCCCGAAGCCGCCAUGUCUUCACUGCUGGUCGGCCAGCCGAAGUACGCCUGGCUGCGGGAGCUGGGCUUGCAGGAGGACAACCCGGGAGUCUACAAUGGGAGCUGGGGCGGCGGCGGGCAGGUGGUGACUACGUACUGCCCUGCCAACAACGAGCCCAUCGCCAGAGUGCGGCAGGCUAGUUUGGAGGAUUAUGAAGAAACAGUAAAGAAGGCUAAGGAGGCAUGGAAAGUCUGGGCUGACAUCCCUGCACCUAAGCGUGGAGAAAUAGUACGACAGAUUGGUGAUGCCCUGAGACAAAAAAUCAAAGUUCUAGGAAGCUUGGUCUCCUUGGAAAUGGGAAAGAUUUAUGUUGAGGGUGUUGGAGAAGUGCAGGAGUACGUUGAUGUCUGCGACUAUGCUGUUGGUUUGUCCCGAAUGAUUGGUGGACCCAUCUUGCCUUCAGAAAGAUCUGGUCAUGCUCUUAUUGAGCAGUGGAAUCCUGUUGGGUUAGUGGGAAUCAUCACAGCCUUUAACUUCCCUGUGGCAGUGUAUGGGUGGAACAGUGCAAUUGCAAUGAUCUGUGGAAACGCUUGUCUCUGGAAAGGUGCUCCCACAACGUCUCUCACAAGUGUAGCUGUUACAAAGAUAAUUGCCAAAGUCCUGGAAGAUAACAAAAUACCUGGAGCUGUCUGUUCUUUGGUCUGUGGUGGAGCAGACAUUGGGACAGCAAUGGCGAGAGAUGGGAGAAUGGACCUGCUGUCUUUCACUGGCAGCACGGAGGUGGGCAAGCAGGUAGCGCUCAUGGUUCAGGAGAGAUUCGGCCGAAGUCUGUUGGAACUGGGAGGAAACAAUGCCAUCAUUGUGUUUGAAGAUGCAGACCUGAACCUAGUCAUCCCAUCUACACUCUUUGCUGCUGUGGGAACAGCGGGUCAGCGAUGCACAACUGCCAGAAGACUGUUCCUCCAUGAAAGCAUCCAUGAUGAGGUGGUGGAAAAGCUUGCGAAGGCCUAUGCCCAGGUCCGCGUUGGUGAUCCAUGGGACCCUGACACUCUGUAUGGUCCCCUUCACACUAAAGAAGCAGUGAAAAUGUUUCUUGAUGCAGUACAACAAGCAAAACAACAAGGUGGCUCUGUGGUCUAUGGUGGAAAGGUUAUAAACCGCCCUGGAAACUAUGUUGAACCAACCAUUGUGACUGGCCUUGCCCAUAAUGCACCCAUUGUUCACACAGAGACAUUUGCUCCUAUACUGUAUGUGCUGAAAUUUAAGGAGGAAGAAGAGGUUUUUGCCUGGAAUAAUGAAGUAAAACAAGGUCUUUCCAGCAGUAUCUUUACCAGGGAUUUGGGAAGGAUUUUUCGCUGGCUUGGGCCAAAGGGAUCUGACUGUGGCAUUGUGAAUGUCAACAUCCCAACAAGUGGGGCAGAGAUUGGCGGUGCUUUUGGUGGUGAAAAGCAUACUGGUGGGGGAAGAGAAUCUGGAAGUGAUUCAUGGAAGCUUUAUAUGAGACGGUCAACGUGUACGAUCAACUACAGCAAGGAUUUACCUUUGGCGCAAGGAAUCAAGUUUCAGUAGCAACCUUAUGGAUGGCUGUGCCAGGAACUCUCCUAGCAUUUCAAAACGCUGUACCUUCUAAAACUCGUGGUGAGGAAACUGGUCUGAAAUUCAGCUACUGCAAUGCUGAUUCUGUCAGAAAAUCAGAUACUCUAAAAAAUUGUUUGACUUCUAAUGUAUGAAAUCACUGCUUUAGUCUUCAGAUAUGAAAUUCUGAAGACUGAAUUCCUUGGGAAGAAGGGAAAGUGACUGGAGUUAAUAAACUUGGAUUGAGGUGGCCUAGAUAAUCUUCUGUUGCCUUAUCACUGUCCUUCACUGUCUCUGUUUCUUGCCUCCCUACUAUUUCCUGUUAUUUUUCCAUUUGGUAGGUCUGUGCUUCACACUACACAUUGAGUUUCAUACAGAUGCCUGGUGCUGUGGGGAUAGACAGUACAGACCUAUUUUUCAAUGCAUAAAUAAACUUACAUUUUGUGAAAUCUC